UUUUUACGGAAAUCUGAUCGUGAAUGAAAAAAAUGCUUCAGCUGAUUUGACUCUGGACCAAAACCGAGAAAACUGACGACUAAAAAACUCAAUGUGGAAUCCAACUGAAAGCAUUGCAUCGUAUUGCAUCUUAAGAGAAUCAAGACUAGCCCAGUAUGUGAACGCUUUUAUGGCAGCACACCUGGUGGGUCAGGAGCGCGCAAAAGACUCUGAACCGGUGGAAAAAGAGAGAACAGGCACAGAAGUCUUGGAUCUCGAUGAACGCCAGCUGACAGCGGUGGGAAGUAUCUCCCUUGCGGAUUCAGAACAGUCUGGCAAGAAAGUAUCACCUGUCACACCAAUGCAGAUUGUCCGUAUUGCUCUUCCGGCCAGCGGUGAUGCAGAAAGCGACAGUGAAGGCAAAGAUAUAAUUCGACCUCAAUUGAGCUCCGAAAACAACGAGAAACUGUUCAUCUUUGCGGACCAGUAUAUAAAUGCAUCGACGGAGUCUGAUUUCGUGUCCCCAGCGGCAGUGCUCUCGAUCGGAAACCGUAUGGACAAAGAGAAUGGAGAUAAGCUUUCAGAUAAAAAGCUCAGCGAAGCGUUGCUGCGACUUCAAACUAGUCAGCCUGCAUUGCGCUGUGGCAUAGGACGUUCACCGAUCAAAAAUAAACUUGAAGCAAUCGAAUUCCAGCUACAGUCGAUGAAAGCGGAACUGAAACUUGUUCGAACACAGCACACGGAAGUUAAAGCAAGCCUGGAGUCGGAAUUCAUAAGCAUAAUAGAAAAAACCCAACCAAAGUUGGUAGCGGAGUGCCAAAAGACUUUCAAGGAUUGUUAUGGAACCUUUGGGGAACAACUCAAGGCGAAAAUGAAGAGGCGCGAGUAUCUUAAGGUUUUGACCAGUUUCAAUCUGGGUGCAAAAUUUCACCAAAUGGAGAUUUUGAAACAGCGCAUUAGAUACGCACAAAGUCGUGUGAAAAGGCUUUACAAAAAAAGAGAAAAAUGGCAAGAGCGAAGUCGAUUGGAAGUGUUCAAAAAUUGGGGUUUACCAAGAGCUGAUUUACCACGGUUUAAAUUUUGGGAACAUAUCGCAGACCUAGAACAUAUAAAAAAAACUGAGUUACAGUCACAAGAUUUCCUGUAUGCGCUCAGCUUAAUCAACCCAGAUUUGAAGUUCAACAAUCAGUCAGAAAAUAUCUGUGAGCUCAUACCAUUUCCAAUGAAUUGUUCUAUGAAUCUUCGACUUUUUCUCUGUCUCGUGGCACUCUCCGAACACACAACCGGUCUUGACUACAUCCUUAGAUACUAUGAAAAUAAAACGGACACAAAUGCAUUGCUAAGGAGGGUAGACAAAGGAAGACAACUCUUUAGACUCGCUGGGGGAUGUGAUUUUAUCGAAGAAUACAAACGGAUUCUCUCACCUGAGUCAGACUUAGCGAAAUAUAAGCCAGAACCGAAGCUUUCUACUGUUUCCAGGAGAAACUUUGAAGCAGGCCUUAUGGAUCGAAAGAAGCGCGCGGUAACACACGGAUAUGUUCAUCUAAGGGACCUUCACACAGUUUUAAUCGCAGCCGGCUGUGGGUUGCUCCAAACGGCGCAAAUUCUGCACGUGCUUGACCCUGCUAAUCUUGGAGAGAUUGAUUUCAUUACAUUCCUAUUUUAUUUACCUUUGUUUGUGAAGGCUCAUCAACUCACUGUGACUCACCCUCUAGAGGUUAAUUUGUAGAUUGUUCGCUUUUCAAAUGUGCCGAAAAAGGCCAUUUGAACGUUUU